GUCUGUUUCAUGGCGAGAAGGGCGGCAAGGUCGCAAGGUGAAAAAGGAGCAAUAAGAAGGUGAAGUGGGAUGUGUGGACUGCGGUUCUGAAAUUGCGAAAGACAGGCCUGUGCGUGGAUGCACCUGCUGGGUGCGGCCGGCUGUCCCAUUCUGUUUUGCCUUUUUUCAACAUGGGGUGAUCUCGGUGUGUUUGUCGGGAUCUGGUGAGCCAGUGGAGGACAAUCGAAGCGAUGAGGGGCGGUGACGAAGGAGUCCUGGGGGAGGCAAGAGGGGAUGGGAUCAGGGGGAGAAGGGCAGUUUGCUUUGGAAGAGAGAACGCACACUCCGUCGUGUGAGGCUGAAGGGGUUGGUGGAGGGGCGGGAGGGAAAUCUGGAGCUGAGACGGAAUUAAAGGCAGUCGGCUUCUAUCAGGUUAUCCACGGGUCCAGCCUUCUGAGCGAAGUCAGCAUCAGUCAUUCGUGUGGAUGAGGGAGGAAGGAGAGAAUGGAAAGGAUUUGCGGGAGCUGUUGUGGGGAAUGGACAGAGGAUCAAAAAGACAUAAGUAGCAAACGUUGCUAACCAUCAUUAAGCGGCACCACUUAGCGAGCGUGGGUUCCAGUGGCCAGGUGUCAGUACGUGCCAGGCGAAGACCAGUGAGAUGGUGCCCUCAGAGCUCACAGCAGAGUCGGAGACAGGUGACGGAGCACAGCGACAAGUCGCCUGGGGAAGUGUGGAGCAGGCUCUGUCAGAGCGAGGGGAGUGACCCCAAAGUCAGACUUGAGGAGGAACACUGGGGAAGCGGGAACGUGUGUGAAUGGCCGGAAGGGCGUCUUGGGGUCGGUGAUAGCUCAGCCGAGCCCCGAGAGGGGAGUGGGCCACCUCUGGAAGGUGGGAAAGUCAGGAGUAAACAAAGCAUUUUCAGGAUGGCAAGUACCAGAACCAAAAGCUUUUGGGGCGAGAGCGAGGCAGAGGUGCUCAGUUCUCCCCGCUUCAGAAGCCUAGGUGCUUCCAGUGCAGAAGCCAGGGCCCCAUGCUCAGCUGACCGAACCAUGCUCUGGGCCGGGUCCAGAAAUCUGCAUUUUUAAUAGGCUCUCCAGGAUACAUUAGGGUAACAUUUAUUGACUACUUACCUGUGCCCAUUGCUAUUCUCAUUGUUCCCUUGGGCUGUCACAUUUAAUCUUAGUAACCUGUGAGAUAGGGUGAGGAAGGUAGGACAUGGAGAAGUCAUUUGCCCAAAGUCACAUAGCCAGUGAGAGUGGGCUGGGCCUCCAGCGCUGGCCAGGAGCACUGCUUGUUUGGGGAUCCGCUGGUAGUUUAUUUUGGCUACACACCUGGGACUAAGAGGUUAGGCACUCCUUACUACCGCCGUUACUACCACUAGUAACGUUACUACCAUUCCUUACUACUGCUGUUACUACCACUAGUAACGUUACUACCAUUCCUUACUACUGCCGUUACUACCACUAAGGGAAGUAGGGGCUAACGUUAAAAAGCUUAGGUUUUGGUUUUGUGGUUUAGUGAUGCUUAUGCACUGAGAAUGAGAGCAGAUAAAGCAGGUAGUGGCCUCUCAGGUUUUUAGCAUCCCAGACUGCCACGUUGCCUCCGUAGUCUCCUCCCAGCCUGAUUGCAUUUCUCCCUCGCCAGGCGCACCUCGGAGCUGGGGCAGGCUCGGUCCCAGGCCACUGCGGUAAAGCGAGUAUCUCAGUAAAGCACGUGGCCAUCUCUUUGCUGGUGGGGGUCAUGCCUCCAGUUUGUAAAAACAGAACAUCUGUGAAACACAGUAAAGUGGGGUGUGCCUGUGUUCCUCCAUAAAUCAUCUCUUACUAGACGAAGCUCAGAACCCAUGUCUUAUCUGUGUAUUCAGUGUCUAGCUCAAGCUGUUUCCUUUAGUCGUAUGUCCUGUACGUGUGUGUGUGUGUGUGUGUGUGUUUCCUUCCCUGGAAUUGAGUGUCAUGAGGGUGGGGACCUGACGUAUUUUGAUCAUUGUUUUAGCCCUAGAACUGGCCAGUCUAUAAAUAGACGUCGCAUGAUGAAACUUUCUGUACCCUCGAUGCCUCCCUGUCUCAUUCCCAGCCCUGUCAGGGUUCUUGAAAGGGCCCACGAGGCCCUAGGUGACUCUCUGCUCACCCUCCCACCCCACCCUCCGCCCCCAUCACGUCUUGCCUCUCACCUGGCCUCACCACACUGCUGCUCGCUGGUGUUUCCACCCAGGUACCCACGGCCCCUGGCCUCACCCCCUUCAGUCUCUGCUACAGUAGUGCCUUAGCCGAGCGGCCGGGCGGGCCGGCGAGUGGGCUCGCUGCUUUGUGAUGCCGCCUCUGUGGUUGUCUGGUGGUGGUAGUUCAUUUUGACUUGUUUCUUAUCUCCCCAGAUAGGCUUUCUUCAGUGCCCCAUAUACAAGUAUCAAUAAAUAUUGAUUUGCUCUUUUCCAGUUGGCUUUUUGCUAACCUCAUAAGUGUUGAUAUAUGUGUGUGUUUUCAAUGAAGUAUUCCCAAGUAGAAACAAAAAAGCGCAUGGUCGUGUUCCAUGUUUGCACUGUCAGAUGUGGUGACUAAGUAUAAAUGAAGUCAUUAAGUUAAAUGUCCAGUUCCUCGCUCACACUAGCCACGUCCCACGUGCUCAGUGGCCCCUGCAUUGAACAGUGUCCCUGUGGGACGCUUCGCCACCGCAGAUGGUUCCGUCAGCAGCAUGAGGUUCGUUCAUCUGUCUUUUAAACUGUCGUGCCACAGAAUCACGGCCGUAAACUACACAUCAGCCAGCAGGUGUCGGUGCCGUUCGGUUUCCAGUCAUGCUGCUGAGUGUCACCGUUUGUCCACAUUCUUCGCCACAGGUCCCCUGAGUGGUCGAGCAUGGACCCAGUCGCUACGCACAGCUGCCACCUCCUCCAGCAGCUGCACGAGCAGCGCAUUCAAGGCCUGCUUUGUGACUGUAUGUUGGUGGUGAAAGGCGUCUGCUUUAAAGCACAUAAGAAUGUUCUAGCAGCAUUCAGUCAGUAUUUUAGGAGCCUCUUUCAGAACUCGUCAGGCCAGAAGACUGACGUCUUCCACUUGGAUAUUAAAAACGUGAGCGGCAUCGGGCAGAUCCUGGACUUUAUGUACACGUCCCGUCUGGAUCUCAGCCAGGACAACGUGCAAGUGAUGCUGGACAUCGCACAGUGUCUGCAGGUUCAGAACGUUCUGAAUCUGUGCCAUGCCUUUUUAAAGUCGGCCGCCGCGGACCAGCCACCCGGCACGCCUUGUAACAGCACAUUCCCCCUGCAGAGCGCCCUGGCUCCUGACGCUGACUGUGUCAUAACUGAAAACUGCUCUCCGCACUUACUGCAGGAGUGUCCGGCCGGUGUUCAGCACGGUAAAGUCUUGGGGGAGUCACACCGUCAGGCGCCACCGUCAGUUAACGUCCACCACCCUACAGGCGAAACAGCAAAACAAGCCACCAACCCCGUAGACGGCAGCUGCGCAGACCUGCCUUGCAGACAGCCAAACUACUACUACAAACUCAGAAACCUGUACAGUAAGCAGUACUGUAAGCAGGCCACACGUCCGGGUCCCGAGAGGAGGCUUGAGCAGCCUUUCGCGCUCGGCACGCCCGCGGACCCCGCCGCCGUGGGAAAGCAGCCUUGCGCCGUCGGUCGAUCUGAGUGUGCCCCGGACCCCGAGUCACACAGCCUGUGCCAACCACCCGCCAAACAGAUGAGGCUCAAGAAGGCCAUUCACCUGAAGAAGCUCAAUUUCCUGAAGUCACAGAAAUCUGCAGAGCAGACGUCGGAAACCAAGCCGGAUGACGGCUUAACAAAGAGGACUGAACCUGCCGGCGAAAACACUGUCGAGAAAGCUGGCAGCCCGAGAGCCGAAGAAAAAGAAAGUGAAGACUUUGUCAGUUCCGAGAAUUUUAAUUGCAUUAGUGAGACGGAGAGGCCCGAAGACCCUGUGGCACUAGAAGACCGGUCCCCGACGCUUCAGUCACAGAAACAAUAUGCGUGCGAAUUGUGCGGGAAACCUUUUAAACACCCGAGCAACCUGGAGCUUCACAAACGGUCUCAUACAGGUGAGAAACCUUUUGAAUGUAACAUUUGUGGGAAACAUUUCUCUCAGGCGGGUAACCUGCAGACUCACUUACGUCGGCAUUCUGGUGAAAAACCGUACAUCUGCGAGAUCUGCGGAAAGAGGUUUGCGGCCUCUGGCGAUGUCCAGCGUCACAUCAUCAUCCACUCGGGAGAGAAGCCACACUUGUGUGACAUCUGCGGCCGAGGGUUCAGUAACUUCAGUAACCUGAAGGAGCACAAGAAGACGCACACGGCCGAGAAGGUCUUCACCUGCGAUGAGUGCGGCAAGUCCUUCAACAUGCAGAGGAAGCUGGUCAAGCACCGCGUGCGGCACACGGGCGAGCGGCCCUACAGCUGUUCCGCCUGCGGAAAAUGCUUCGGGGGCUCAGGCGACCUCCGCAGGCACGUGCGCACGCACACCGGGGAGAAGCCGUACACGUGCGAGAUCUGCAGCAAGUGCUUCACGCGCUCGGCCGUGCUGCGGCGGCACAGGACGAUGCACUGCAGGGCGGGCGACGACGGCCAGGACGCCCUGGCCGAGCUCGCCCAGGCCAUCGAGACCUCCGACCUCGAGAAGUCGCAGAGCUCCGAUUCGUUUUCGCAAGACGUGGCCGUGACGCUGAUGCCCGUGUCCGUUAAGCUCCCCGGCCACCCAGUGGAAGAGUCAGUGACAGAAUUUGAGGACCACGCUGCCGGCUCCUACUGCAAGUUCCGGUCCGCGGCUCAGCCCCAGGGCAUCAGUGACCAGGACAAGCUCCGCCUGGACCCUGGCAAACUCGCCAAGGCCCAGGGGCAGCACGGGCAGCAGCAGGCCUUUGGCUACGCGGCCCUGGACGCCUCCCCCAGCGACGGGCCGCUGCCGGCCGACGGCAUGUCUGGGACCCGCUCGUCUCUGGCCGCGUUGGACAAUCACUGCGGCGACCCCCUGGGCAGCCGGGCAUCGGCCACAGCUUACAGGAACUCGGAAGGUCAGUUUUUCUCCAGCAUGACCCUCUGGGGGCUAGCGAUGAAGACGCUGCAGAAUGAAAACGAGCUGGACCAGUGAAGCCCGCCCCGGUGCCGGCUCUGAGCCGGGCGGAGCAGCCAGGAGACGGCCACUCCCGGGGCCCCUAAGCCCCCAGGGACACUGGGACCGUGCCCCUCCUGACCUGCUGAUCACUGGAAGCCUCCUGAGCCCAAGGUUUGGGAGCGAGGCCUGCGGGCCCACCGUGGACAGACGCCAGAGCGGGGGGUCUCAUGUCACAGUAGCCGGAGGCUUGAGAAACCAGCCCGCUGACUUCAGCUGGCAUGAUACCCGGUGGACUUUGGGUCAACGACUGUACAUUUUGGUCAUGUUAAAGGGAAAAUAUAUAUAUGAUAAUACAAAUA